AGAGAGAUAGGAGAAGGAGGAGAGAGGAAGGCAAUGCUGCAAUUGUGAGGAGUGAAGUAGAAGUCUUCUCUCCUUCCAAUAGCUUCUCUCUUUGUAUAAAACAAGCUCCUGCCUUUGCCCUCUCCCCCCCUCCCUCCAAUAGCUUCUCUCAUAGCUUUAGGAUUAAUGGCUUCUUCUCUCCUCUUCGACCUUGAGAACCCGCUCACGAGCGCCGACGAGGAACAGCACCCCUUCUCCGACUCGAUCGCGGCGCUCUUCGCCGCGGAGUCCGAUCACAUGAGCCCCAUCGCCGGUGGCCACCUCGAUCUCUCCGCCCGCCGCGACGCCGUCUCUCUCAUUCUCCAGGCGCAGUUUAGCUGCAAUCUGGAUCCAUCUGUAGCCUACCUCGCCAUCAACUACGUCGAUCGCUUUCUCUCCAAGCGACAAAUCCCGAGCGACAAGCCCUGGGUCGUACGGCUCCUUUCCAUCUCCUGCCUCUCCAUCGCCUCCAAGAUGAAGAAGACUGACUUGUUCCUCACCGAUUUCCAGCGAGAGGAGGGAUUCAUAUUCGACGCCAAGACGAUUCGGCGGAUGGAGCUUCUAGUUCUUGGGGCGCUGGAUUGGCGGAUGCGAUCCAUCACGCCCUUCUCGUUCCUCCCCUUCUUCCUCUCCUUCUUCUCCCCUGCCCAGCCCCCUCUCCUCCACGCCCUCAAAGCCCGCGCCUCUCGAAUCCUCUUCAAAGCCCAGAAUGAGAUCAAGAUGCUAGAGUUCAAGCCAUCGGUGAUCGCCGCGGCGGCGCUCCUCUCCGCCGCCCACGAGCUCUUCCCCAUCCAAUUCGCCUCCUUCCGCUCCGCCAUGUCCUCCUGUGAAUUUGUAAAUAAAGAGAAGUUGGGGGAGUGCUGCAAUGCGGUUGGGGACGUGGCGAUGGACGGCUGCGAUUCGACGUUCGAGAUGGUCUCGAGCUCCAACACCCCGGUGACUGUGCUCGGCCGGCACUGCUCCAGCUCCGAGAGCGAGAGGACCGUCGGAUCCUCAUCCGACGACCACGAUCUCAAGAAGCGCCGGAUCUCCGAGCUCCGAGGUGCCCUCCGCCUCUCCUAGGCCUGGGGCCUGAGCCCGGACGGAAAAAGAAAGCAAGAGUAAAAAAAAAAAAAGAUAAAAAAAGGAAAAAUAGUUUGCUCCGUUUUUUCUAAUUUCUUUUCUUCUAUUUCCGAGCUUUGGUUGUGGUAAUAGAAAAAGAAAUUGUUUAUAAUUCCUUUUCUGGCCUAUGAUAUAUUUUAUAAUUUUGAAUAAAUCUGAGAAGACAUAAAUAUUUAUUAGAGGUAGUUGUUUUAUUUAAGAUUCUGAGAAGUUUUGGUCAACGUUAGUACGGAGAUGGAUACGUGUCGGGGUGAAAGGAAGCUGCAACCGCCAUAUGUUCGACGGUAGUCUGACGGUUUCUCGUGCGGCCGGAUGGUUGGAUGACACGUGCCAGGGGACGUAGACUCUCUCAAGACUACGUAUUUGGAUCCCAUGCAUGCAUGCGGUUGGCAUCGUAUUCGUAUGGAGACGUCUGGAAAUAAUAUUAUAAGGUUGGGGAGGAGUACAUUUUUGAGUUGAUUGUAUCCCAGUGGUUCGAAAUUUUAAUGUCUGGAACGACUUGAAUGAUUUGGUGAUUUUAACACAUAUGAUGAUAGUUUUUUA